AUGUUCAGAUGGACGGUCUCUGCUAAAACACCCCUCGAAUGCAACGAGCUCCAAUCCAUCCUUGCAAUUGACCCCGUUUUCCAGUUAUCGAAGUCGACGAACGUCGACUGCGCGUCAUCCACAAAGACCUGUGCAGCUCCUUCAUCACGACAAAAAUCCCUUCAUCUUCCAGCUCUGAACAUCAACGCCCACGCCAACGGUCUCGUGCCGAGAGCCCACUCCGCAAAGACCCAUGCGUCCAUUCUCCACGACCCAAAGCCAAGGGCCGUCCAAAGUCCCCAGCUCUUUCGCUCUCGACGAAACGUGCAUGGAAUGAGGGCAGGUCACGGUGGGAGAGAUUAUGCAGCUGUAUCUGGAUGCGGAGAUGCGGUGCGGACGGCUGCUCGAGGCGGGAAUUCGUAA